CAACUCCAACUCGUCUCGGUCUCCUCCCCCGAGGCCUCGAUUAUCCAAAAACUAACCAAAAUACGGAAUCUUUCCCGUGUAUCCCAACUCUCACCCGAUCUCCUCGAUAGGCUUUUGUCUCCAAGGCCGCGCUUUCUAACAAGAUUCCUCCCCUCCUCUCUCCGAUAACGCUAGCCUCCGCCGCCGCCGGCGACGAAUCCGGUCAUCGUAGUUGAUUAGUCGGCGGUCACUGCUCGGAUUGGGCACCCACUGCGCAUAGGUGGGGGCUCCACCGUGGAAAAGCUAUCCUUUUCCUCUUCAGUUAUUUUUGGCUGCUGUUUUGUCUAGCAGGCGUUUUGAGUUUCUGUUGCCAGUGCAGCCAUGUCCAUGUUCAACAGGAUCUUCGGGAAGCCCAAGGAGCAGGCCAACUCCAGUGCCUUGGCCACACUCGACAAGUUAAAUGAGACUCUUGAUAUGCUGGAGAAGAAAGAGAAGGUGCUGGACAAAAAAGCAGCCGCUGAGCUUGAGAGAGCCAAGGAGUUCUCCAAAGCUAAGAAUAAAAGAGCGGCUAUCCAAUCCUUGAAGAGGAAAAAACUUUAUGAACAACAAAUUGAGCAACUCGGAAAUUUUCAGUUGAGAAUUCAUGAUCAGAUGAUCAUGUUAGAAGCAGCUAAAGCUACAACAGAGACUGUUGAUGCGUUGAGAACUGGAGCUGCAGCUAUGAAAGCAAUGCAAAAAGCAACAAACAUUGAUGAUGUCGACAAGACCAUGGAUGAAAUUAAUGAACAGACUGAAAAUAUGAAACAAAUUCAAGAUGCUUUGUCAACUCCUCUUGGAGCUUCUGCUGAUUUUGACGAGGAUGAACUGGAAGCGGAACUUGAAGAACUGGAAGGAGCAGAGUUGGAAUCUCAGCUUCUGGAGCCUGUUGCAGCUCUUCCUGUGCAUCCAGUGCAUGUCCCAGGCAACAAGCAACCAGCUCGCCCUGCUCCACAGAAAGCUACAGCUGAAGAUGAUGAGCUUGCUGCACUGCAAGCUGAAAUGGCACUGUGAUCAGGUUUCCACUGAAGAGGUGAAAUGUGUAUAUGAAUUGCGUUAUGCUGAAAGCUGAGUCAGGCUUUAUUGUAUUUGCCAUGUGUGUAUAAUCUUGGUGGAUAUUUGGCAACCGUCAACCGAAGCAGCGAAAGGCCGCUACAGCCGGUAUUUGUUUCAGUGAUUGGGCUCUGUUUUCUUUCCACAGACAAUUUAGUUAAUGUCGCCCGGUUAGGUCUAUGCUAACUAUUCAGGUCACCAACGUGCAUUGUUUGUCACAGUAUUUUUCAGUUACCCAUAUUGUUUGGAGCCAUGUAAGAGUGUUGGAACGUUUAAAGCCUCAGGGUUCAUAUUUGAUGUGACGGAGGGAGUAUUACAUAAAGUCAGUUGUUCGGAUUUGCAGCUGUAAUCUGUAGAGACAAAACACUGUAAGCAGUAGAAGCUGAUAUGGAUUAAAGUCAAGCGAA